AGUGAACAUCACCUACAUUAGAAAAACUGCAGAAGAUAUAGAAGAAAAGGAUGUCUACGUCAACUGUUCAGAUGUUCGAGGAGCGAAUGGAUACAGAUUUGCGAAAUCGAAGGAUAUUUCAUGGUUAUAUAUCAUUGGCAGAUGCGAAAAAACUUCUCACAAAGGAAGGUGAUUACUUGGUUCGACUAAUGGAUUAUAAAGGUCGAUUCGUUUGUGUUCUCUCUACUUAUCACAAUGGUAAAGUGGUAACGAUAUGUAUAAAUCGCAUGAAUAAAAUGUAUUUCUUCAAUGAUGACUGUAAGGAUCGUAGCAUAGGUUCACUGCUAGACUGGCAUCAAAAUACCAAGACACCGCUAACAAGGAAACGAAUUGUCUUGAAGAAUCCAAUUUUUUUUCCGUCUUGGAAUUUGAUGCCAUCCUGUAUUUUGCAGUUGCUCGGAGAGAUUUGCGAAUGUUACCGGAUGAAAACUUAUGAAGUGGUAGUUCGUCUUGAAAAAGGGAAAUUUCGAGCCGCAGCAAUGUUACUUACAAGCAAGCAGUUACUGGUAGAAAGCAAGAAACAAUUCAUGGCUGAAGCUCGCAUUCUAAAAGAAUUAUCUCAUCCGAAUAUAUUACAGUUUUACGGUGUUAUCGUUACUGCUCUCCCGUUUACAAUGAUUGUUGGACUUUGUCAAAUGAAAUUACUGACGUUUCUACAAAAAAAAGAAGCCCAGAAAGACCAGAAAAUACGGUAUGCGACUGAAGCAGCUGCUGCAUUGAAAUACCUCACUGAGAAAGGAUAUGUCCAUAAAGAUGUUAGAGCGAAGAAUUGUCUGAUUGACAGAAACAUGAAUUUGAAAUUGGCUAAUUUUGGUUAUGCUGCAUCAGACCAGUGCCCAUCAUUUAUUCAUAAAGAGCCUUUGGAGAGUAUUUCUGCAGGAUGGCUGGCUCCAGAAACUAUGCUGAGACAUGACUUCUCUAAAGAAACCGAUGUCUGGGCUUUUGGCGUACUUAUGUGGGAAAUUUAUAAAAACGGUGAUGUACCAUUCCAUGGUCUAUCAAACAUGGAAAUCCGGUCGUAUGUCAUUCACAACCAGAGACGGUUGGAACUUCCAAAGAAAGCACCGAUAAAGGUGAAACAGUUGAUGGCACGUUGCUGGGAAGAGGAACCAUCACGACGACCAACAUUUCAGGAGCUUCAGUUUAUAUUGGGUAGCAUCAGAAAAGACGAAAUUUAA